AUGAAGCUGAAAAAUUCAUACCCCUCAUUAUACGAACUAGAGUCACAUAAAAGCUGUCUGGUGAAUGCUAGAAUCAAUGAUUCGGGCUAUAAAUGGAGAUGGAAGUCACGCCCAAAUACAUUCGGGUUAACCAGUGAUCUGGAACAUCUAUCAAAGGAAAUUGCUCCCACCCGACUCCAACCAAGUUUGGACUAUUUCUCAUGUUGUCUAAAUUCGGAUGGUAUAUACAAUGUUGCUUCACUUAGGGUGAAACUCGGCCACAAAUUGCUUACAAGUACGUCACAGAUACAUAUCAAGUGGAGUAAACUAAUUCCUAUAAAGGUAUCGAGUUUUGUAUGGCGAGCUGUUCUAAGGCACAUCCCAUCUGCAGAAGCACUUGGUCACCGUGGUAUCAAGCUAGACUCCACUUUAUGUGGAUCAUGUAUCAACGGGUCGGAGACUGCUGAUCACAUUAUAGUUGGCUGCCCUUAUGCUACUAUGAUUCGUGAUAAGAUAUCAAGAUGGUGCGGGAUCGACAAUAUAAAAGUGCAAAGUGUUGGUGACCUGGUGGAAUUUGCAAACAAAUGGGGAAGGUGUUCGAAAAGAAGGAAGAUACUAACUGUCAUCUGCUAUGAGCUAAUAUGGACUCUAUGGAAAACAAGAAACGAAAGGUUGUUCCAGAGAUGCACAAGCUCUCCUUUAAAAGUGUUAGAGAACGUCAAAUCCUUGGUGUAUCUUUGGCUCAAAGUAAGGGAUAAAAAUGGUAUUUGUAACCGGGAGGAUUGGAACGUUUCUCCUUUUGCAUCUUAUUAA